AUGACCUGCAACAACAUUGGACGAUUCAACAUGGAUGAAGGGGAGGAGGACGAGAUGUUGACAACCCAAAUCGUCAUUGGUGGCCAACUUGUGGGUGACCGACCAGACUCCCUCGAUGAAUCUCCCUUGCUCCGCGAGCUCCCUCCCUUUCAGUGGGGCGCGCUCUCGAGAAAAGCUGCCUGCUGCCGCAUUCCCCGCGCACUUCCCUGUCCUCCCUCACGACCCGCUGAGGACGCGAUGCUACUGCGUCACGCGCUGCGCUACGGCACGCGGCAGUGGGGCGCGCUGGAGAAGAGCUCUCUGCUGCCGCACCGAGACAACAAGUCCUGCUGUAACCGCUUCCUCUUCCUCAAGAAGUGA